UGUUUACAUCACUUCCUUGCUGAGAUUGGCUCAUCACACAGAAUCCCAAAAUGGCGUCGAGUGGAGGCGAUGAGGAACCUGAGUGGACGGCCGCCGUCCGACCUCUCUUAGCAGCCUCUUACACGGCUUUCGAGACGAAGGAGCUCCCGCAACUGGUCGGCUCCAUCAUAAACAGUGAAUCUCAGAUUUUGCACCAUGACAAACAGUAUGAGCCAUUUUACUCCUCGUUUGUGGCCCUCUCUGCACAUUACAUCACCACAGUGUGUGGACAGAUCCCCAGAAAUCAGUUGCUGUCUGUGACAGCAGCCUGUAAAGUUUUGAUUGAGUUCUCUCUGCUGCGACUGGAGAAUCCAGAUGAAGCAUGUGCUGUGUCGCAGAAACACCUGAUCCUUUUAAUAAAAGGCCUGUGUACUGGCUGCAGCCGACUGGACAGAACAGAGAUCAUCACCUUCACUGCGAUGAUGAAAUCUGCCAAACUGCCUCAGACAGUCCAGACGCUCUCAGACGUGGAGGACCAGAAGGAACUGCCCUCCCCGGUCAACCCUGAAAUGAGACAGAAGGAAGUGCAGAUGAACUUCUUCAAUCAACUAACUUCGGUCUUUAACCCUGACGUGAACAUGCUUUCUGCCCCCUCAACACAGACUCAGGUGGAAGGUGAAAGUGAUGACCAGCCGUCUGUAGACCAGGCCACUCAGGCUAAAAUGAAGAAUGCCUUUAUUUCACAGAAUGUGGCAAGUUUACAAGAGCUGGGAGGCUCGGAGAAGCUGCUCCGUGUGUGUCUGAAUCUCCCCUACUUCCUGCGCUACAUAAACAGAUUCCAGGACGCCGUGUCUGCUAAUUCCUUCUUCAUUAUGCCAGCAACAGUGUCGGAUGCAACUGCAGUUCGCAAUGGAUUCCAUUCCUUGGUAAUCGAUGUAACAAUGGCAUUGGACACACUCUCUCUCCCUGUUCUUGAGCCGUUGACCCCAGAGAGAUUAUUGGACGUGACAGUCCUUGCACUCAGCUGUCUCUACGCAGGUGUGAGUGUUGCUGCCUGUAUGGCCAUUUUGCACGUGGGGAGCGGCGUGCAGCUGCGCGCAGGAUCCACUGGCUCCAAGGAGGAAGACUAUGAGAAUGAUGCAGCCACAAUAGUGCAGAAAUGUCUGGAAAUUUAUGACAUGAUUGGACAGGCAAUCAGUAACUCUCGCAGAGCAGGGGGUGAGCAUUAUCAGAACUUCCAACUGCUGGGAGCGUGGUGCUUAUUGAACAGCCUGUACCUGAUCCUGAACCUCAGCCCCACCGCCCUGGCUGACAAGGGAAAGGACAAGGAUCCUCUCGCUGCUCUCCGAGUCAGAGACAUCGCAGCCCGAAGCAAGGAAGGAGCAGGGUCACCCAAACUGGGACCUGGGAAAGGACAUCAAGGUUUUGGAGUUCUCUCUGUAGUCCUGGCAAACCAUUCCAUUAAGCUGCUCACCUCGCUCUUCCAAGACUUGCAGGUGGAAGCGAUGCACCGGGGCUGGGAGAGCGAUGGACCCCCAGCAGAGCUGAGUAUCAUGGCCCAGAGCACAUCCAUCCAGAGGGUUCAGAGACUCAUUGAUUCUGUCCCUCUCACAAACCUGCUGUUCACUCUGCUCUCCACAUCGUACAGGAAGGCUUGUGUUCUCCAGCGACAGAGAAAGGGUUCGGUGAGCAGCGAUGCCAGUGCCUCUACAGACUCCAACACGUACUACGAGGAUGAUUUCAGCAGCACUGAAGAAGACAGUAGCCAAGAUGAUGACAGCGAGCCUAUUCUCGGCUUGUGGUUCGAGGAGACCAUCUCUCCCAGCAAAGAGAAGGUUGCCCCUCCCCCUCCCCCGCCCCCACCCCCCUUGGAGACCUCCCCGAGACUGAAGAGCCCCAGCAAGCAGGCUGCCGGGGAGAACGGCAACAUACUGGCCAGCCGCAAGGACCCAGAACUGUUUUUAAGCCUGGCUUCCAGCAUCUUGAACUUCAUCACCACAAACAUGCUGAAAUCCAGGAACAACUUCAUCCGUAACUACCUGAGCGUGUCUCUGAGUGAGCAGCACAUGGCAACCCUAGCCAGCAUCAUCAAGGACGUGGACAAGGAUGUGAAGGGUUCAUCGGAUGAAGAAUUUGCAGCAGCUCUCUAUCAUUUCAACCACUCCUUGGUAACAUCCGACCUGCCUUCCCCAACGUUACAGAACACCUUGCUGCAGCAGCUGGGAGUUGCUCCGUUCUCAGAAGGCCCGUGGCCGCUGUAUAUCCACCCCCAGAGUCUCUCUGUGCUCUCCAGGCUGCUGCUGAUCUGGCAGCACAAAGCCGGUGCCCAGGGGGACCCUGAUGUAGCAGAGUGCAUGAAGGUCUGGGAGAGGUUCAUAGGGACGUUGAAGCAGCACGCCCUGCAGGGGAACGUUCCCAGUGACUCGGAGGAUCUUAACGUGGAACACCUCCAACUGCUGCUACUUAUUUUUCACAACUUCUCGGAGAAGGGCCGCAGGACUGCGAUCACGCUGUGCACACAGGCCAUCUCCGAAGUGGCUGCCCAUGCCGACUCCCAGCUCCAGACUGUGCCUCUGAAUCUGGCAAGGCUGCUGCUGGUGUUUGACUACCUGCUGCAUCAGUUCUCCAAAGUCCCCAUGUACCUGUUCGAGCAGGUUCAGUAUAACCUCCUGACUCCCCCCAUAGCGGGAGCAGGCUCUAGCCAAGAGGGGGGCAGGCACAGUGUGGCUCCACUCUACUAUGGAUUCAAAGAGGUGGAAGAGAACUGGACAAAGCACUGCUCGACAGGUAGGAACUCCACCCCGCAGCCAAAAUUUUACUGCGUCCUCUCCCCAGAGGCAUCGGAGGAUGACAUGAGCCGACUGGACAGCAAGAUCUUCCCGGUUCUGUUUAGUGGCUCAAUGAAGUACGGUGACCUAUACUCUGCUCUGAUCUCCCUGCUUUCUGCUGGAUCUCAGUUUGAUACCGUCAGGAGGGAGGAAAACAAGAGUGUUACACCUCUGGAGGCCUGCUCUCUCCAGUACUAUUUCCUUAUUCUGUGGCGCAUCCUGGGCAUCUUGCCACCGUCCAAGGCUUACAUCAACCAGCUGGCAAUGAUCACGACGGAGCGGAGUGAGAGCGACAUUCUGCACACCCUGCGCUGGUCUUCCAGGCUCCGAGUGAGCACCUACGUCAGCUGGAUAAAGGAGCACCUGGUGAAACAGGGAAUGAAGGAGGAACAUGCAGAUUCUCUAAUAGAACUGGCUACCAAGUGCAGUGCCGUGAAAUACGACGUGGACCUCGCAGAAGAGUACAUCGCUAGACAGAUCUCGUCUUUCUGCUGCAUCGAUCCGAACGCCAUCCUGCCUCUGCACCACAUACCCAACCUGCAGACGGUGUACACGCUGGACGCAGUCAUCUCAAAGGUGCAGGUAUCCCUGGACGAGCACUUCUCAAAGGCAGCUGCAGAAACGGACCCACACAAGUCUUCAGAGAUAACCAAGAACCUGCUGCCAGCCACCCUGCAGCUCAUUAACACCUACACUGCUUUCACCAGGUCGUAUUUGUUGAUGAGUCUACCAGAGGAAGGGGAGAACAAACCCACAGCAGAGAAACUGCUGGGAUAUGCUGCUGUGCUCUCUAUUGGGUCAACACGCUGCAAAUCAAACACGCUGGGUCAGACGGUGGUGCAGAACCUUCCCUCAGCCGUGCAGACACUGUGCGACUCGUGGAACAACAUCCACACCAACGAGUUUCCCAACAUCGGUUCCUGGCGAAAUGCCUUUGCAAACGACACAAUCCCAUCUGAGAGCUACAUCAGCGCCAUCCAAGCGGCCCAUCUUGGUACUCUGAGCAGCCAGAGCAUGCCACUGGCAUCUUCCUUGAAACACAUCCUUCUGUCCCUGGUGCGACUCACUGGAGACUUGAUAGUAUGGUGUCCGGAUGAGCUGAAUCCUCCGCAGGUGAUCCGGACUCUGCUGCCCCUGCUGUUGGAGAGCAGCACGGAGAGCCUGGCAGAGAUCAGCAGCACCUCCCUGGAGAGGAUCCUGGGCCCCUCAGAGUCUGACGAGUUCCUGGCACGAGUCUAUGAGAAGCUCAUCACCGGCUGCUACAACAUCAUAGCCAGCCACUCCGACCCAAACAGUGGGCUUGAUGAGUCGGUCCUGGAGGAGUGUCUGCAGUAUUUGGAGAAGCAGUUGGAGAGCAGCCAGGCACGCAAAGCCAUGGAGCAGUUCUUCUCUGACAGUGGGGAGCUCGUCCAGAUCAUGAUGGCCACAGCCAAUGAGAAUCUCUCUGCCAAAUUUUGCAACAGAGUCCUGAAAUUCUUCACCAAACUCUUUCAGCUUACUGAGAAGAGUCCCAACCCCAGUCUUCUGCAUCUGUGCGGCUCUCUGGCUCAGCUGGCCUGUGUCGAGCCCAGCCGCCUGCAGGCCUGGCUAACCAGGAUGACCGCUUCCCCUCCCAAGGACUCGGACCAGCUGGACACUGUGCAGGAGAACCGGCAGCUGCUGCAGACGCUGACCUCUUACAUCGUCCGCGAGAACAGCCAGGUGGGGGAGGGCGUCUGCACCGUGCUGCUCAACACGCUCAUCCCCAUGGCGACCGAGACGCUGUCCAAUGGAGACGGGGCUGGCUUCCCUGAGCUGAUGGUUGUCAUGGCGACACUGGCAGGUGCCGGGCAGGGGGCGGGGCAUCUGCAGCUGCACCACGCAACGAUGGACUGGCUGGCAAAGUGUAAAAAGUACCUCACUCAGAAGAAUGUGGUGGAGAAAGUGAGUGCCAAUGUAACUCAAGGCAAGCAUGCCAGCAUGCUGGAGUGCACCUGCCACCUCAUCUCCUACCUGGCUGAUGUGAUGAACGCCCUCCGACAGAGCAUUGGCCAGGGCUCCUCUCACCUGUUGGUUGAUGGGGAGGAGAGGGCCAUCGAGGUGGAUUCUGAUUGGGUGGAGGACCUGGCAGUCGAGGAGGAGGACUCCCAAGCUGAGGAUUCGGAUGAAGACUCGCUGUGUAAUAAACUGUGCACCUUCACAAUCACCCAGAAAGAGUUCAUGAACCAGCACUGGUACCACUGCCACACAUGUAAGAUGGUGGAUGGGGUCGGAGUUUGCACUGUGUGCGCCAAGGUCUGCCACAAAGACCAUGAAAUCUCCUACGCUAAAUACGGCUCUUUCUUCUGUGACUGUGGGGCAAAGGAAGAUGGAAGCUGCCAGGCGCUGGUGAAGCGGAGCCCCAGCAGUGGAAUGAGCUCCACCAUUAAGGAGACGUCGGCUUUCCAGAGCGAGCCUCGCAUGCUCGAGAGCGCCAUCCGGCACCAAAACUCCUCCUCGUCUGCAGACAAGACCAAGGUCACCAUCUGUGACGGGAAGGGUGGGGACGACGAGAAACUCAAGAAGAGCAGCCUGUGCAAGAACAUCGAGGGCUGCAGGGAGGAGCUCCAGGGACAAGUGGCUGGCUCCUUCACUGCCCCCCUGGUGCUAGAGAUGCUGAACUUCCUCAUGGAAGCAAUCCAGACCAACUUCCAGCAGUCGUCUUCAGUGGGGAGCAGCAGCCGAGCCCAACACGCUCUGAACGAACUGCACACCACGGACAAGAACGUGGAGAUGACUGACCAGCUCAUGGUCCCCACUCUGGGCUCCCAGGAAGGUGCCUUUGAGAAUGUGAGGAUGAAUUACAGCGGGGAUCAGGGGCAGACCAUCCGUCAGCUGAUCAGUGCCCACAUGCUGCGCCGCGUCGCCAUGUGUGUCCUGUCCUCUCCGCACGGGCGCCGACAGCACCUGGCCGUCAGUCACGAGAAAGGAAAGAUAACCGUGCUGCAGCUCUCAGCCUUGCUGAAGCAGGCAGACUCCAGUAAGAGGAAGCUGACCCUGACUCGCCUGGCCUCCGCCCCAGUGCCUUUCACUGUGCUAAGCCUGACUGGGAACCCAUGCAAUGAGGACUACCUGGCUGUCUGUGGGCUUAAGGAUUGCCAUGUUCUAACAUUCAGCAGUACCGGGUCAGUGUCCGAUCACCUCGUCCUGCACCCUCAACUGGCCACGGGCAACUUCAUCAUCAAGGCAAUCUGGCUGCCUGGAUCGCAGACUGAACUCGCCAUUAUAACUGCUGACUUUGUCAAGAUUUACGACCUGUCGGUGGACGCGCUGAGCCCCAUGUAUUAUUUCCUGCUGCCAAGCUCCAAGAUCCGCGAUGCCACUUUCCUGUUUAAUGAGGAGGGGAAGAACAUCAUUGUGAUCAUGUCCUCUGCCGGCUACAUUUACACGCAGGUGAUGGAGGAGUCCAGCAGCGCGCAGCACGGCCCCUUCUAUGUGACCAACGUGCUGGAAAUCAAUGACGAGGACCUCAAGGACAGUAACGGGCAGGUUGCAGGAGGGGGUGUGUCUGUGUACUACUCCCAUGUGCUGCAGAUUCUGUUCUUCAGUUACAGCCAAGGGAAGUCCUUUGCAGCGACUGUCAACAGGAGCACUUUAGAGAUGCAGCGACUCUUCACCAUAACUGUUAAGAGCUCCAACGGGGGCAGUAAAACUUCCCCAGCCCUGUGCCAGUGGUCAGAGGUGAUGAACCACCCUGGCCUGGUGUGCUGCGUCCAGCAGACCACAGGAAUCCCGCUGGUGAUCAUGGUGAAACCAGACACCUUCCUCAUCCAGGAGAUCAAAACCCUGCCAGCCAAAGCCAAGAUUCAGGAUAUGGUAGCGAUUCGUCACACUGCCAGCAACGACCAGCAGAGGACCACCAUGAUCCUGCUGUGUGAGGAUGGCAGUCUGAGAAUCUACAUGGCCAAUGUGGAGAACACUUCCUAUUGGCUCCAGCCUUCCCUGCAGCCCAGCAGUGCCAUCAGCAUCAUGAAGCCAGUCCGCAAGCGCAAGGCAGCUGCCACCACGACCCGGACUUCCAGCCUCAUGACUUUCCCCGUCGACUUCUUUGAGCACAAUCAGCAGCUGACAGACGUGGAGUUUGGGGGCAAUGACUUGCUGCAGGUUUACAAUGGCCAGCAGAUCAAACACAGGCUCAACUCCACUGGGAUGUAUGUAGCCAACACCAAGCCUGGUGGGUUUGCAGUUGAAGUUGUCAACAAUAACAGCUCCAUGGUGAUGACGGGCAUGCGUGUCCAAGUGGGCACCCAGGCCAUCGAGAGAGCCCCCUCCUACAUUGAGAUCUUUGGACGCACCAUGCAGAUGAGCCUGACCCGCUCCCGCUGGUUCGACUUCCCCUUCAUCCGGGAGGAGGCCCUGCAGGCAGACAAGAAGCUUACCGUCUUCCUUGGUGCAUCAGUGGAUCCUACAGGAAUUACGAUGUUGGAUUCCAUUAAGAUUUACGGAAAGACCAAGGAACAGUUUGGCUGGCCGGACGAGCCCCCAGAGGAUUUCUCAUCGGCCUCUGUGAAUAACGUCUGCAGCCCAAACCUCAAUCAGGGGAACGGGACUGGGGACAGCGACACUGCAGUGCCUGCUGCUGCCAGCGGGACAGUCCUGGAGAGUUGUGAAACUGAGUCCUUAUCAACCUUGGACCGAUUGGUUGUAAGCUCCCUUGAGGCGCUUGAAAGCUGCUUCGCUGUCGGAUCGACAAACGAAAAGGAGAAGAACAAAGCUGCUGCUUUGGAGAUGGCCACACAGCUGCUUUCCAUGCCAACCCCACCCUGUGUGCAGCAGCAAACCAAGGGCCUGCUAGCCAGCUUGCACACCAGCCGCUCUGCCUACCACAAUCACAAGGACCAGUCCCUGUUGAGUAAUGCAGUCCAGUGUCUGAACAGCUGCAAUCAGGACGGGAAAGACCUUGACCCAGAGGUGUUCCAGAGGCUGGUGAUCACGGCUCGCUCCAUCGCAAUCAUGAGACCCAGCAAUCUGGUGCACUUCACUGACACCAAGCUCCUACACACUGAAGCAGAGGGAAGCGAGGAGACCAGAGAGAGCCAGAAGCCAAUGGAGAGUGAAGGUUGUACCUUCAUCAUGCAGCUGGUCAACAAUUUCUGGAAGCUCCAUGCUUUGAAGCCCAAGAAUGCCUUCCUAGCUCCUGCUUGCUUACCGGGUCUGACACACAUUGAGGCCACAGUGAACGCCCUUGUGGAUAUUAUACAUGGAUACUGCACCUGCGAGCUGGAUUGCAUCAAUGCAGCAUCGAAGAUCUACAUGCAGAUGCUGCUCUGCCCUGACAUCUCGGUGAGCUUUGCCUGUAAGCAGGCUCUGAUUCGUGUGCUGAGACCAAGGAACAAGAGGAGGCAUGUGACACUGCCUUCCCCUCCACGCAGCAACACGCCGAUGGGAGAUAAAGAUGAUGAUGAUGAUGACGAUGCAGAUGACAAGAUGCAGCCCUCAGGAAUGGCGGGCGGGGAGAGCGUGCGGCAGGAGAGUCAAGAACAAGGAGAAGUGGACCACGGGGACUUUGAGAUGGUGGUGAGUCUGUCCGAGUCGAUGGUUCUGGAGUCUGCGGAGAAUGUGAACAAUGGCAAUCCCUCCCCUCUGGAGGCGCUGCUGGCCGGGGCGGAGGGCUUCCCUCCCAUGCUGGAUAUCCCUCCGGACGCUGAUGAUGAGACCAUGGUGGAACUGGCUAUCGCACUCAGCCUGCAGCAAGACCAGCAAGGAAGCAGCAGCAGUGGUCUUGGCCUCCAGAGUCUGGGUCUCUCAGGACAGGCGCCCAGCUCCUCCUCCCUGGAUGCAGGAACUCUCUCUGACACCACUGCAUCAGCUCCAGCCUCUGAUGAUGAAGGGAGCACGGCAGCCACGGAUGGGUCGACCCUCAGAACGUCCCCCGCCGACCAUGGGGGCAGCGUGGGCUCGGAGAGCGGGGGCAGUGUCAUUGACUCUGUCGCCGGAGAGCACAGCGUGUCUGGCCGUAGCAGUGCCUAUGGAGAUACCGCAGCGGAGGGUCACCCUGCCGGCCCGGGCAGUGUCAGCUCCAGCACCGGAGCCAUCAGCACCACCACUGGCCAGCCGGAGGGAGAGGGGUCAGAGGGCGAAGGGGAAACUGAAGGGGACAUCCACACCAGCAACAGGCUCCACAUGGUCCGCCUGAUACUCCUGGAGAGGCUCUUGCAGCACCUGCCUCAGCUCCAUAACGUCGGAGGAGUCCGUGCCAUCCCUUACAUGCAGGUGAUUCUGAUGCUCACGGCAGACCUGGAUGGAGAGGAUGAGAAGGAUAAAGGGGCUCUGGAUGAGCUGCUGUCUCAGCUCAUAGCUGAGCUCUGCAUGCACAAAAAGGAUGUUGCCAAGAAGAACGAGCGCAACGCCGUGAACGAAGUCCACCUGGUCGUCAUGAGACUGCUCAGCGUGUUCAUGUCCCGCACAAAAUCAGGAUCAAAAUCCUCCUCGGAGUCAUCUUCUCUGAUCUCCAACGCCACGGCCACGGCGCUGCUGAGCCUGGGCUCGAUCGAUUACUGCCUCCACGUGCUGAAGUCUCUACUGGAGUUCUGGAAGACGCAGCAGGGCGAGGAGGAGGCCGUGGCUGCCAGCCAGCUCCUGAAACCACACACCUCGUCUUCCCCGCCAGACAUGAGCCCCUUCUUCCUCCGUCAGUACGUCAAGGGCCACGCUGCAGAUGUAUUCGAAGCCUAUUCCCAGCUGCUGACGGAGAUGGUGCUCCGCUUGCCGUACCAGAUUAAGAAAAUCGCAGAUGCCAGCCCACGCAUCCCACCUCCUGUCUUUGACCACUCCUGGUUCUACUACCUGUCGGAGUAUUUGAUGAUCCAGCAGACUCCCUUCGUCCGCCGGCAAGUGCGCAAGCUGCUGCUGUUCAUCUGCGGCUCAAAAGAGAAGUACCGGCAACUCCGGGACCUGCACACCCUGGACUCGCACAUGCGAGGGAUCAAGAAGCUGCUGGAGGAGCAGGGGAUCUUCCUGCGUGCUGGAGUGCUCACCGCUACCUCCGGCUCAGCUCUGCAGUACGACACCCUCAUCAGCCUGAUGGAGCAUCUGAAAGCAUGUGCUGAAAUUGCCACCCAGCGAACUGUGAACUGGCAAAAGUUCUGCAUCAAGGAUGACUCGGUGCUGUACUUCCUGCUGCAGGUGAGUUUCCUGGUGGAUGAGGGCGUGUCCCCGGUGCUGCUGCAGCUGCUCUCCUGUGCUCUGUGUGGCAGCAAGGUCCUCUCCACCUCCUCAGGGGGCUCCACAGCUGGGGGGUCCGGCUCCCAGUCAGGCUCCCAGAGCAAGUCCUCCUCCUCCUCCAGCAAGAAGAGCAAGAAAGAGGACAAGGAGAAAGACAAGGAUGGAGAAGGCUCGGGCAGUCAGGAGGACCAGCUGUGCAUGGCUCUGGUGAGCCAGCUGAAUACGUUUGCUGACAAGGAAACUCUUAUCCAGUUCCUGCGGUGCUUCCUGCUGGAGUCCAACGCCUCCUCUGUGCGCUGGCAGGCUCACUGUCUGGCCCUGCACAUCUACAGGAACUCCAGUAAGUCUCAGCAGGAGCUCCUCCUGGACCUGAUGUGGGCGAUCUGGCCCGAGCUGCCAGCCUACGGGCGCAAAGCAGCCCAGUUUGUGGAUCUCCUGGGGUACUUCUCACUGAAGACUCUCCAGACUGAGAAGAAGCUGAAAGAAUACUCCCAGAAGGCUGUAGAGAUUCUCCGAACCCAGAACCACAUUCUGACAAACCAUCCCAACUCCAACAUCUACAACACUCUGUCUGGACUGGUGGAGUUUGAUGGUUACUACCUGGAAAGUGACCCUUGUCUUGUCUGCAAUAAUCCUGAAGUACCCUUUUCUAACAUCAAGCUGUCCUCUAUCAAGGUGGAUACCCGCUACACCACCACACAGCAGGUGGUCAAGCUCAUCGGCAGCCACACCAUCAGCAAAGUGACGGUGAAAAUUGGGGACCUGAAGCGCACUAAAAUGGUUCGAACCAUCAACCUGUACUACAACAACAGGACGGUGCAGGCUAUCGUAGAACUGAAAAACAAACCGGCUCGCUGGCACAAAGCAAAGAAGGUGCAGUUGACCCCGGGUCAGACGGAGGUGAAGAUUGAUCUGCCUCUCCCCAUCGUGGCGUCCAACCUGAUGAUCGAGUUUUCAGAUUUCUACGAGAAUUACCAGGCUUCCACCGAGACCCUGCAGUGCCCACGCUGCAGCGCCUCCGUCCCAGCCAACCCCGGCGUCUGUGGCAACUGUGGAGAGAACGUGUAUCAGUGCCACAAGUGCAGAUCUAUCAACUAUGAUGAAAAGGAUCCUUUCCUGUGCAAUGCCUGUGGCUUCUGUAAAUACGCCCGCUUUGAUUUCAUGCUCUAUGCUAAGCCCUGCUGCGCAGUGGACCCAAUUGAGAACGAGGAAGACCGGAAAAAAGCUGUAACGAACAUCAACACUCUCCUGGACAAGGCUGACCGGGUUUACCAUCAGCUGAUGGGACACCGUCCACAGCUGGAGAGCCUGCUUUCCAAAGUGAACGAGGCCGCUCCAGAGAAACCACAGGAUGACGCUGGCAGUGGAGCAGGACUCGGCGCCUCCUCAGCCAGUGUGAACAGGUACAUUCAGCAGCUGGCCCAGGAGUACUCUGGAGACUGCAAGACCUCCUUCGAUGAGCUCUCCAAAAUCAUACAGAAAGUGCUGGCCUCCCGGAGGGAGCUGCUGGAGUAUGAUCUGCAGCAGCGAGAGGCGGCCACGAAAUCCUCGCGCACCACGGCCCAGCCCACGAUCACCGCCAGCCAGUACCGGGCGCUGUCGGUGCUGGGCUGCGGCCACACCUCCUCCACCAAGUGCUACGGCUGCGCCUCGGCCGUCACGGAGCACUGCAUCACGCUGCUGCGCGCCCUGGCCUCCAACACCGCCAUCAGGCAGAUCCUGGUACUGCAGGGCCUGAUCCGCGAGCUCUUCGAGUAUAACCUGCGCCGCGGUGCCGCCACCAUGAGGGAGGAAGUGCGGCAGCUCAUGUGCCUCCUCACCAGAGACAAUCCUGAUGCAACGCAGAAGAUGAACGACCUGAUCAUUGCUAAAGUCUCCGCGGCACUCAAAGGGCACUGGGCUAAUCCGGAUCUGGCCAGCAGCCUUCAGUAUGAGAUGCUGCUGCUGACGGAUUCCAUAGCUAAGGAAGGUGGCUGCUGGGAGCUUCGUCUUCGCUGUGCCCUCAGCCUGUUCCUGAUGGCUGUGAACAUCAAGACUCCUGUGGUGGUGGAGAACAUCACCCUGAUGUGCUUGAGGAUCCUACAGAAACUCAUCAAACCACCGGCCCCCACCAGCAAGAAGAACAAGGAAAUUCCUGUAGAGUCUCUGACCACUGUCAAGCCUUACAGCAACGAGAUCCACGCGCAGGCUCAGCUCUGGCUCAAGAAAGACUCGAAAGCUUCUUACGAAGCCUGGAAAAAGUGCCUUCCAGCCAGAGCAGCCCAAGACUCCGGCAACAAGCCCCCAAACAAAGCAGAGCUGCAUCGGCAGUACCUGCUGGAGAAAUACGUGUGGAAGUGGAAGCAAUUCAUGAGCAAGCGAGGGAAGAGAACGUCCCCUCUGGAUCUCAAGCUGGGACACAAUAACUGGCUUCGGCAGGUUCUGUUCACCCCUGCGACCCAGGCUGCUCGGCAGGCUGCCUGCACCAUCGUGGAGGCUCUGACCACCAUCCCCAGCCGCAAGCAGCAAGUUCUUGACCUGCUAACCAGUUACCUGGACGAACUCAGCAUUGCAGGAGAGUGUGCGGCUGAAUAUCUGGCCCUUUAUCAGAAACUCAUCAAGCCGGCUCACUGGAAGGUGUACCUGGCGGCACGGGGGGUUCUGCCAUACAUCGGGAACCUCAUCACCAAGGAAAUUGCACAUUUAUUGGCCCUGGAGGAGGCAACCCUGAGCACAGACCUGCAGCAAGGAUAUGCAUUGAAGAGCCUGACAGGCCUGCUGUCCUCCUUUGUCGAGGUGGAGUCCAUUAAGCGUCACUUCAAGAGCCGGCUGGUGGGCACGGUCCUGAACGGAUACCUGUGCCUUCGGAAGCUGGUGGUUCAGAGAACCAAGCUGAUCGAUGAAACCCAGGACAUGCUGCUGGAGAUGCUGGAGGACAUGACCACAGGCACGGAAUCAGAAACCAAGGCUUUCAUGGCUGUGUGCAUCGAAACCACCAAGCGCUACAACCUGGAUGAUUACAGAACACCGGUCUUUAUCUUCGAGCGGCUCUGCAGUAUCAUUUACCCGGAGGAGAACGAGGUGACCGAGUUCUUCGUGACCCUGGAGAAGGACCCACAGCAGGAGGACUUCCUGCAGGGCAGGAUGCCGGGGAACCCCUACAGCAGCAACGAGCCUGGGAUCGGGCCGCUCAUGAGAGACAUCAAGAACAAGAUCUGCCAGGACUGUGACCUGGUGGCCCUGUUGGAGGAUGACAGCGGCAUGGAGCUCCUGGUUAAUAAUAAAAUCAUCAGCCUUGAUCUCCCUGUUGCGGAGGUCUACAAGAAGGUGUGGUGUCCCACGAAUGAGGGAGAGCCCAUGAGAAUCAUCUACCGCAUGAGAGGGCUUCUUGGAGAUGCUACUGAAGAGUUUAUAGAGUCGCUGGACUCCACAACAGAUGAAGAGGAGGACGAGGAAGAGGUGUACAAAAUGGCUGGCGUGAUGGCUCAGUGUGGGGGACUGGAGUGUAUGCUGAGCAGACUGUCUGGAAUCAAGGACUUCAAGCAGGGGCGCCACCUCCUCACUGUGUUAUUGAAGUUGUUCAGUUACUGUGUGAAGGUGAAAAUCAACAGACAGCAGCUGGUCAAACCCGAGAUGAACACCCUCAACGUGAUGCUUGGCACUCUUAACCUGGCGCUGGUGGCUGAGCAGGAAAGUAAAGACUCUGGCGGCGCCUCCAUUGCAGAGCAGGUCCUCAGCAUCAUGGAGAUCAUACUGGAUGAAGCCAAUGCAGAGACGCUCUCUGAAGACAAAGGUAACCUGCUGCUGACAGGGGAUAAGGACCAGCUGGUAAUGCUGCUGGACCAGAUCAACACUCCCUUUGUGCGUUCCAACCCCAGCGUGCUGCAGGGUCUUCUCCGAAUCAUCCCCUACCUGUCCUUCGGGGAGGUGGACAAGAUGCAGAUCCUAGUGGACCGAUUCAAACCCUACUGCAUCUUUGACAAGUACGAUGAAGAGCACAGCGCCGACGACAAGGUCUUCCUGGACUGUUUCUGCAAGAUCGCGGCCGGCAUCAAGAACAACAGCAACGGACACCACCUGAAAGACCUCAUCCUGCAGAAGGGAAUCACCCAGAACGCGCUGGAUUACAUGGAGAAGCACCUCCCCAGCGCCAAAAACCUUGACGCUGACGUGUGGAAGAAGUUCCUCUCCCGCCCUGGCCUGCCCUACAUCCUGAGGCUGCUCCGGGGGCUGGCCACCCAGCACCCGCCCACACAGGUUUUAAUCGGGACGGACUCCAUCACAAACCUGCACAAGCUGGAGCAGGUGUCGAGCGACGAGGGCAUCGGGACGCUGGCGGAGAACCUGCUGGACGCGCUGCGGGAGCACCCCGAGGUGAACCUGAAGAUCGACGCGGCCCGCAAGGAGACCAGGGCCGAGAAGAAGCGCAUGGCCAUGGCUAUGAGGCAGAAGGCACUGGGGACACUGGGAAUGACGACCAACGAGAAGGGCCAGGUGGUGACAAAGACCUUGUUACUCAAACAGAUGGAGGAGCUGAUCGAAGAGCCGGGUCUGACCUGCUGUAUCUGCCGGGAGGGAUACAAGUUCCAGCCGACGAAAGUCCUGGGUAUUUACACGUUCACAAAGCGCGUAGCUGUGGAGGAGUUUGAGAACAAGCCCCGCAAACAGCAAGGCUACAGCACUGUCUCGCACUUUAACAUUGUCCAUUACGACUGUCAUCUCGCUGCUGUCAGGCUGGCCCGGGGGCGUGAGGAAUGGGAGAGCGCCGCCCUGCAGAACGCCAAUACGAAGUGUAACGGGCUGCUUCCUGUCUGGGGGCCUCACGUCCCAGAGUCUGCCUUCGCCACGUGUUUGGCCAGGCACAACACGUACCUGCAGGAGUGCACAGGCCAGCGCGAGCCCACCUACCAGCUAAACAUCCACGAUAUCAAGCUGCUGUUCCUGCGCUUCGCCACGGAGCAGUCCUUCAGCGUGGACACUGGAGGUGGGGGCAGGGAGAGCAACAUCCACCUCAUCCCCUACAUGAUCCACACCGUGCUCUAUGUGCUCAACACGACGAGGGCCACGUCGCGGGAGGAGAAGAACCUGCAGAGUUUCCUGGAGCAGCCCAAGGAGAAGUGGCUGGAGAACUCCUUGGAGGUGGACGGGCCGCACUACUUCACCCUGAUGGCUGUGCACAUCCUGCCCCCCGAGCGCUGGAGAGCCACGCGCAUCGACUUCCUGCGCCGGCUCCUGGUCGCCACGCACGUCAGGAAGGUGUCACCAGGGGGCGCCAGCAAACUGGCAGACAAAGCUGUGAAGGAGUAUGCAGUGUACCGCUCUUCGCUGCUCUUCUGGGGGUUGGUAGAUCUCAUCUAUGAAAUGUUUAAGAAGGUGCCCACUAGUAACACAGAAGGAGGCUGGUCCUUCUCCCUGGCAGAGUACAUCCGGCACAGCGACAUGCCCAUCUACGAGGAGUCGGACAAGGCUCUCAAGACCUUCCAGGAGGAGUUCAUGCCAGCAGAGUCCUUUUCAGAGUUCCUGGAUGUCGUGGGACUUCUGGCAGAAAUUCCAGAUCCGGACAGCUUCCUCCAGGAUCUCCUGAACUCUGUUCCCUGAGUAAGUCCUCCAGAAAGGACGGAACCCACACCUGAUUUCUAACCCGCUCUGCGUUGCUGUCCUUCGAUGAUAACGACACGUCCGAAACAGCGACCAGGGGGUCUAACAGCAUUUAGCACUGGGCUGAAAUCCCACGGGGUCAGGCUGCGUGCACCGGAUCAUUCGGGUUCACAAAACAUCUUGGUUUGGACCUGAGGGUUCACUUCUGCUGUUUUUUGUUUUAGAUUUGUUGUUUUUUUUUUUUUUUGUUUUUUUUUCUUUUAACCAUUGUAACUCCGGAAAAGUAUAUGGUAGUCUAAAGGUUUUCUGCAUUUCUAACACUUAACAUUUAUGGAGGAAUAUUCUCAGUUUCAGAGCAUUCGCAAAUGUUAUUAAACAAACCAUGCACCUAAGUUAUUUGCAGCAUAUGAGCAGAAAAAUAAAACCUGAGAAUUUUUUUUUUAAAGGAGAAGAAACCUGUAACAUGCUAUUGGUGCAUAAGCAGGGUGUAGGAAGCUGCUUUUUUUUUUUUUCUUUAAAAAAUAUAAUCUCUAUGAAGCCACAAAAAAAUGCUCUCUGUGGAAACCUCCGUGACCUUGAUGUAGCUUCUCUGGAGUCCUGCAGAAUUUCUCUAGCUAUUGCAGUGAUGUAGUUGGAUUCUGGUGCAAUGUAUGUGAACUUGUGAUUUAAAGCGGGCUCUGCUUUUAUGUUUUAAAUAUGCAUGCGUGUGUUUUAGGUGUUUCUCAUUUAAACAAACCAAACCUUUCAAAUUCAUUCAAAUCUUAAUGUUUACAUGGACUAAACAGCCAUGUGGUGACAUUAACCACAAUUGCAUUGCACUUUCCCUGGAAAAGGAAAACCAUAUAAAACAUUUAAAAACAUAUAUGCAAGCUUUGAAACGGCCUCCUUGUGCUCAGAGCUGACUGCAUGGUGUCGGGUUUGUUUCACUCAUGUUCGUGCUUCUUGCUGUGCCCGCUGCUGCUGUAACGUGUUCCCGUUGCUGAGUGUUUGCUUUUGGUUUAGCUGAAGAAGAUGAAGAAUAAAGCUCUAGUAUCUAAA